AUGUCCGACCAGCAAUCCGGCCAGCAGCAGUGGGUGAGCCCUGCAGCCAAGAAGUACGAAUCUGGAGGUCCCGCCCGUGAGCCCGACACAGGCGCUCGAGGUCCCGCCCCUCGGACCGAUCCGAAUCCUCAGCAGGGUGGCCAGCAGCCGGCCACUGGUGCCGAUGCUGCAUUCCAGAAGCUGCCCGCCUCACUGCUGCUGCUUGUAGCAGCUCAGGUCGGUCAGGGCCUGGCCGACGCUCAGCGACUCCCGACGGCCAUUCGGAAGAUGAGCCCCGACGCAGGCGAGAAGCUGCUGCACGAGUACUACGCGUUUGGCGGGGAGGAGGAAGUGGCGCAGGUCGGAACGCAGGCCCAACCAGCCAUGUUAGCAAAAGGAGUCUUGGAUGUUGAAGAAGAGGAGCUCCUGGCGGCCAACUCGUCGGCUUCGGUAUCAUUCCGCGCCCCAUUCGCGCCACACUUCGACCCGCACUUGGCAGCGAGGGGGGAUGAGGGCGGUGCGAGCGGAUGGCACCUGUUCCAAAGGGCUAAGGAUGUCGUCGCGAGACUGGAGAAGAGACAGCGUGCAGAGCGCGACUGCUACGGCGACCGUUGUGACGCGGACGAGCACUCUGACUUCGUCGGCCAACGGUUCUCCGACAACGAUCAUCGUCACCGUCACAGUGACACCCUCUGCGAGCUCGAGUUCAACCUCCACGAGGGAAUCCUCCACGACAGCCACCUCAACAUCAACGACCUCAACAGAGACGUCCUCUGGUCCAGGGGCACCCGUCCGCCCGACCUCGAUGAGCACCUUGACCACACCCCCUGGCUACUGUCCCACGGGCUUCUACGCCUGUUCAGCUGUCUACGGCGGAGGCUGCUGCCAGACCGGCCGCGACUGCCAGGUGACAUCAUGCCCAUCGACACAGCGGUGCAGGAACUGCAAGCGAUGGAAUGA